CCUCUGGUAGCCAGUACAAAAAGUCUGAUCUUUUAUGAGGAGCACUUGAAUGCACCAUGUGUGCGUCGGCGUUUCUAUGGUUGCAUUGCUGUGGAGGACUGACAGGAAAACGGACGAUACGUACUUCAUGAAGCAGACUUACAACAUAAACAUGGAUAAAGGACUCAAACAUGAAAAGAUGUCUCGAGUGUUGAAAACUGAGCAAGAGAAGCAUCCUUCUCUGAGACGAGCAGUUCUGACCAACCAGUGGGAGUCAGUGGAGUCGGACACAGAGAGCUUGGCCCAGGAGAAAGCUUACCAGCAACAGCUACAAAUGCAUAUUGGCUGCCAUGACCAAAAAAACAACAUACUUUCUCAAAAGAAGUAUGCUGACAGCUUACAACAGGCAUAUGGAGAGGAUGAAGAUGCAAACGAUGAUGAAACUGAAGCUCUUCAGGUUUAUGAUAGUCUUGAUGUAGCAGCACACCACUACGCCAAAUGGAACCCCACCCUGUUUCAGACUAAAUAUUUGGAUACACAAAUGAAUGAGAGAGGAACAAGCCAGCUGCUCACUGAUGAUGCCUACUCUGACCUACGCUAUGACCCCAACUGGAGGACCAACCUGAGGGAAGCCGGCCGCUUCAAUGAGAGUUCACAGCUUUCCGUUGAGGAAUAUUACCAAGUCCCUGAAGAGAAAUCUAGUCAGUCAUGUGGUGACAGACAAGGAUACAGAUACAUCGUCAACACAAGUCCAGCUGUUCUGGUGACUCCUCAUAUGGCUGGUAAUGAGUCUGAGCAGCCAUACUGCCUACACCCACAAGAUGGUCACAUUAGCUCAGUAACAUCUCUCGACUGUAACAACCACGCUUUACAACUUCGAUCACCAGAGGCUGACCUUUCAAAACCACCCUGCAUUUUCACUAAAAAUGAAAGUGACAAAAAUGUACUGAAAGGAUUCAGAAAGAAACGUGAAACUAGCUGUGACAAUGCUGGGGAGAAUAAUAGCAGGUCUCCUGAACUGACCAAGGUGCAUGCUAUGCUCAUCCCAGAAUAUAAUACCUACUACCUGCAAGAACUGAGACGCACACAAGGAGGACCAACUCAAUUACAGCAAAUGAGCAUAUCUAAAUUUCCCAAGAUUUUAUUGAACAAAAAGCAAGAAAGGCUGACAGAGGACAUAGUGGAACGCAACAAAGUAACCCUGGGGCGCAACACAUCCAAAUGUGGCUCCUAUGUGAGCGUGCAUGCACUGAAGCAGGAGAGACCUCACAAUGUCUUUAAGGUACAUGAAAGUCUUAAGGAGACGGCCAGCGCAGAAAAUCAAGAGGACAGUUCAGACCCUAAGCUGGAAAUACAACAGUUGAGGGUCACCCGGAUCAGCGAAGAGAAGAAAGCCCAGCAGAAAGAAUACCCCAACCACCCUCUACAGCAGCCCCCUGCCCUGGGAGUCAAAGCCGAGUGGGGAGACUGUCUGAGCUCCCAUCUCCUUCCAAUAAUUCAACAGAGGGGCCAGGAUGACAUCAUCAAUUUAGCAUCUCCUCAUUGGAGCCCUCCAUCUGAAGUUGAACUCGCCAAAUCUCGAUGUCAACAAACAAAUCUAGGAAAGUGUCAGAUGUCCAAGAAAGCGGUAAACACACAUCUUCACCACCGAAACCUGGAGAAUAGCCCCGAACAACGGCAAAGGACCACUGCAUUAAAGUGGCCAUCAUCCUGUGAAGGGGAGGACCUGAAUUGUCCAAAUGAGGUUCAUACUAAGCAAUUUCCACAAAACCUCUCCAGGACACCCACCACCACUUUGUCCCUGGGCUCAGGCUCCUUCACAGUUCUGCCCCCAAUAGCAAAGUCAAUUUCAGGAAAAGAGCCCGAGUUUAGCCCUGGUGUGAACAUACACUACCCUACCAAUAGAAGCGGCUCUGACUGCUACCUGGUUCAGAUGGAGAAACAGAAGCAGCUGAAGGAGAGAGUCACUUACAAGGCAUACAGUCUUAAAUACUACAAGCAGCUGAAGUCAGAAAUGAAUCUGCAAGGCCUGGGUCCUGACUACACAGCCAUUGAGAAGACAGCUGAGAAAAUGAAACGACAGAAGCUGUAUUCUAAUGUGAUCCGCGAGCAGAACAAAAAGAUAAGUAGGAUUCCCUUUCUACUGGCCAAGGACCCGGAAGGCAAUGACAAGAAAAUUCCCAGGAUGAAGGCUUUGGAAUAUGCCAAGACAAUAGCCAAACCCCCUGCACAGUCUCAACCAAAACAGAGAAAGAAGCACCAGUCCGAAGGCUUCAUUGAACACACUCCUUACUUGGAGGACUUGGACGUCUCCCAGCUGUCCACACUGGAAGUCUUUAGAAAACGGCAUGAAGAAGAAAAGCAGGCUGUGGCACUCUUCAGAAAAGUACAUGCUGUCUGAAUCAAGAUGCAAUUCAACAGCUCAUGGAAUACAUGCUCUCAAAGAUAUUUGUGUUCAAAGAUACAACAUGCUGCCUCGUGUCACAUCAACAUUCAUUACCAUUACCGUUUUUCAAAAUAAUUACAAAAAAAUAGAUAAAUAUUGCUUUCAACAUUGUGUGUCACCAGGUCAGAUUUGGUAAGAAAUUCAUUGCAUUACUUAUUUCUAGCAAAAAUAGUUUUACAAUGGUCAUUUCGAUGCUUGGAUUUGGGAUUGUGCUUGCUUAAAUCUUGGAAAUAACUGUAGCCACAAAAGUUCAAAACCGCCACUAAGACAAGUUACACAAAGUGGAACUAACUUCUGAGACCUUAAAUUCUUGAAGUGAACAUUAAAAAAGACAUGAGCAGUUUUUAUUUGGAACUGCCUUAUUUUGACUGUUAAAGGAACUGCAGUUUAAAGCACUUUGGCAUGGGCUUGAUAUUCAGCUGUACCUGCUGCUUCCUGACUAAAUCUUACAGUUCUCUCCGUUCUAUUGUUGCAGAGUUUGUAUCAUUACUUUUCUACAGCGUAGUAACGGAUUAUAGUUGAGAGUUUGUUUUAGCCUGUUGAUUGUUGCAGCAGCAUGGUAACACUAAUGCUGAGGUAGUGUGAUUACGCUUUAAUGACAUGCUCUCACUGACUGUGACGCACAGUCUUGGUGAGAACUAUUGCACUUGAAAUGGCCAUGCUAUAUUGCAAAAUACAAAAUCUUAAUAUUAUCUUCUCUAUACGCAAACAUUACUGGCAUCAAGACCAUGUAAACAUAUAAAGCACCCCUAACAAAGAAGUCAGUCUUUGCAGUCGCUGCGUUCCCGAGGUAGGUAGUUAAAUACUUGAGAAAUCUGCACAUCACUGAAAAUACAUUUUAAGGCACCCAUUAUACUGUCAAAUCCUUAUCUAUGAAGCACAUAUAGGAAAAAAGCUAUAUUCAAAGAAGUGUGUGCAAAUACUGUUUGACAUGAGUCUAAAAAGGAGGCGGUGGAUAAAGAUGAUCCACCCAAAGAGCAGCAUGGCAGAAAUUAAUCUUUGCACUGUGGGAUGAACACUGUUCUCAUGCAACUAUUAUUGCAAACCUGUUGUUCUUGAAUUAUUUCUCAGUGUGCUAAGAUGAACUAUAAAUUGCUGUAGCUCUUAAUAAUUGUAAAUUCCUGUUGCAAU